UCGAAGAGAAGAGACAGAGAGGGGGUUGCUUCGCUCAUCGUUUUGCUUUUGCCGACUUCGAGGUUCGAAACUCGCCACUGAUCGCACAGCGCGCUCGCAGCAUUCUGAAGAGAGGAUUUCCGGCGGCGUCUCCUCGUUGAAACCUUGUCGGCGCUCUUUCUUUGUCUUACUCGCCGCCUGUGCUCCCAGUUUUGCCCAUCCCAACUUCAUCGCCUGCCGCUCCAAGAAUUGGGAAAUCAGUUCCUUCCAUUCUGAAUUGAAUGUUUUGAUAUAGAAGAUUGCGCCGGUGGUGUGCUUGGAUACCGACGAGGAUUGAGUUAAUAAGUACUUAGGGGGUUUGUUUUACGCCGAUUGUUUCUGGGCAUGUCCAGCCGUUAAAGCUCUCUCCCCCGCGCUUGAAUAAAACCUUUGGGGGCAAUGCCUCGUAAAGUUAACCGUGGAGUUGAUUACGAUGAAGCCUAUGAUAGUUAUGAUGAUUAUGACUAUGAAGAUGACAAUGAUUAUAGCGUAGAUAGCCCUGCAAAAGUUGAAGAGCCUCAGCAAAAAGUUAAAAAGCUUUGGAGUUGCUCUAUUUGUACAUAUGACAACGAGGAGGGCAUGUCUGUAUGUGAUAUUUGUGGUGUUAUUCGCAACCCCGUGGCUGGUGAUUUCAAGAACAGCAAUAAGAAAACAGCUGACAGUGAGGGCAAAUGCUCUGGAGUAUCAUUGUUGGCAAAGUCUCUUUUUGGAUCACUGCCACAUCAGACAUCCCAGAAGGCCGUGGUUGGUCAACUGCAGAAGGAUGAUCUUGUGAUGGAAAGCAGGAAUGACUUUCACAAGUCUGCUUUCAAGUUCGAUGCUCCAUCUCCUGAUGACAUGGUUUCAACUAGAUUACAGUCCUCAAAACUUAAUACACAAGGUAAUGUAAAGCCUUCAACAGUAGCUGAAGAUGGCAAUGGUGCAGAAAGUGUACAUUCUACCAUGCAAAGGUCUGAAAAGUCAAACAAGUCGAAAGGGAAGCGAGGUAAACAGAAUGCAAGCAAUUCAACAGACACAGCAGUCAAUGGAAAAUUAGAUUCCAAAUAUUCAGAUCGUCCUCCUGCAGAAACAUUUCAUGGAAGUAGUGGUAGUAUAGAGGGACACAAUUCUUUAAAGAAGGGCAUCCUCAGUGGUCAACUUAGUGAUGAAGCUUCUGGUAGUUCUAACCCAUUGAAGAUUGAAGGAACACAAGGGAAUGCAGAUGAUGACUUCAGUGGUCAAAAGCAAACUGCCCCAGCCAGCAAUUUCGGAAAGAUGUCUUUGUCUGACAAACCCGGAAAUUCCAAUGCUCUUGAUUCCAGAAAACACAAGUCAACUGCAGAAUACCAUCCUGAUAAAUGGAUGCUUCCUGACAAGGCUAACGACACAUUAACUCAAUUGAACCUUGCAAUUGUUGGUCAUGUUGAUUCAGGAAAAUCAACAUUGUCAGGAAGACUGCUCCAUCUUUUGGGAAGAAUCACUAAGAAAGAAAUGCACAAAUAUGAAAAAGAUGCCAAGAUACAGGGAAAGAGUUCCUUUGCUUAUGCGUGGGCUUUAGAUGAGAGCCCUGAAGAGCGAGAAAGGGGAAUUACCAUGAACGUGGCAGUUGCAUAUUUUAAUUCCAAAAAGUAUCAUGUUGUCAUCCUCGAUUCUCCUGGUCAUAAAGAUUUUGUUCCAAACAUGAUAUCUGGUGCAACACAAGCGGAUGCCGCUAUUCUAGUGAUUGAUGCAUCUAAUGGUGCCUUUGAAGCUGGAUUCGAUGGUUCCAAAGGGCAAACGCGUGAGCAUGCUCUACUGAUUAGAAGCUUUGGUGUGGAACAACUUAUAGUUGCUGUCAACAAAAUGGAUGUUGUGGGGUACUCAAAGGAUCGUUUUGAUCUUAUCGUUACACAACUUGGUACAUUUUUUCGUUCUUGCGGCUUCAAGGAAUCAUGUAUUUUGUGGAUUCCUUUAAGCGCUGUAGAAAACCAAAAUCUAGUGGCUGCUCCUUCUGAUGCUCGUUUAUUGUCCUGGUACAGAGGACCUUAUUUGUUUGAUGCAAUUGAUUCUCUCCAACCUCCAGCAAGAGAUUUUGCCAAACCGCUGCUGAUGCCCAUAUGUGAUGUAACCAAAUCAUCUUCACAAGGCCAAGUGUCAGUCUGCGGUAAAUUAGUAGCUGGAGCACUUCGCAGUGGAUUGAAGGUGAUGGUGAUGCCAUCUGGAGAAGUGGGAACAAUAAAGUCCUUAGAGCGUGAUUCUCAAAGUUCUGCUGUUGCAAGAGCAGGAGACAAUGUAACUAUCAAUCUCCAAGGAAUCGAUCUGAGUAACAAUGUCAUGCCUGGAGGAGUUGUAUGCCACCCUGACUAUCCCGUCGCUGUUGCAAGGCAUUUGGAGCUGAAAGUGCGCGCCUUAGAAGAAUUAGCAGUCCCUAUUCUCAACGGCUCUCAGGUGGAGUUUCACAUACAUCAUGCACAAGCGGCAGGAAAAGUAGCCAAAAUACUAUCGAUACUGGAUCCAAAGUCGGGGAAGGAGACGAAGAGAUCACCCCGAUGCCUUCUCUCCAAGCAAAGCGCUGUGAUUGAGGUUGUUUUGAAUACGCCGGUCUGCGUGGAAGAAUACUCCAACUGCAGAGCCCUGGGGAGGGCGUCCCUUCGAGCCAUGGGGAGAACCAUUGCCAUUGGCAUUGUGACCCGGAUAAUCCAGUAGUGAGGACCUGCACUUUUGUGCUGUGUUCUUUUGAGCAUAGCUAACGUAGAUAACUUACUGAAACUCUGUAAGUGCUCGAGGAAAUGACAGGAAUAGUCUGCAGUCUAGACAUUUUGGGUGAACGACGACGUUCUGUAUAGAGUCUUCAGUCUUGCAUGUAUGCUAUCUAUUGAUUUAUUAUUGUUUUCUGUCUUGGCUUACUCGUUUGUUUCCCCUUGUUUUGUGGGAAAGGUUGAAUGGAAAUGGAGGGUAAGAGGCUGUCUGAUAUAAUAAGGUUGUCAAUCCGCUGAAAUGGGUUAAAAUAGCUCAUUUGAGAGUUAGUUGGCCUGUCCGAGUGGAUCAGUGGGCUGCUCGUUCUAAAGUGUCAUUGAAUAUGUUGAAUUUAAGUUGAUGUUAUUUAAGUGUGUUGGAGUUUAAAUACUGUUUUUUUUAUUUUUUAUGUUGAAUUCAAAAUAAGUACAAUACAAUGACUUUUUCAUAUUUUUUUGCUAAACUGAACUAAAAUGGGUGACCCAUCAACCCUUAACCCACUAGCUCGA